GGCAUUUUGACUCUUUUUACUGAACUGAACGAUUUCACUUAGUUCAGUAAGCAGAUUCGUUCACUCAAUCACUCAUAGGUCACCCUGAGACAGUGGUGAAAUUGAAAAUUCUUUGAUGCUUGAUAUAUUUGACAGUAUUUUGUUAAUGUAAUAACAAUUCACUAAGAAUGUAAAUUUGUCUGUAUUGUACAUUACAAACCAUGACUGACAUGUACUUCCCCCAAGGUUUGAAUAACACUGCUCCAGUUCUCUCAGAAAGUGAUUACAAGUAUCACUGAUUCAUUAAUUUCCCCCAGUUUGUUUAGUUCUUUCAGUACAUCUCCUUCACUGAAUCUUGUUCAGUGGUUUAGUGCAUUUUCUUCUGGCAAUAGGGUGGCAACUUGACAAUACUCUGUUGUAUUUGAGAUUUAAGAUAGCUCCAGCCUAUAUGAUGAAGUGUGUUAAUACACCUCAGGGCAGAUGACAUAAUGGUUAAAAUUUUCCAUACACAUACACACAUAAAAAUAAAAAUGCAACCAUUGAAAACAAUACAAUGUCAUUUACAGCCCUACCUUCACCACUAGGUAGGGCUGUAAUCUCAUUUUAGAUUGUUUCCAUUUUAAAUAGUAAUUAAGUUUAAAUGACAGCAGAGACUUGUUUUUAAUUGCAUGCAUUUUUCCAUAUUAGAGGAAUUUGGUACGCUAUGUACCUGUCACUUGUAUGAUAAUGAAAUCAGAGUGCUGGUUCUGAGUAAGUCAGGAUAGCAUUGUUUGAUUAAGCUCGGAUACCCCUUUGUCUGAGAAGGGUCUUCAUUGCCCAUUCGCGGUACCUUUCUAUAAUUAUUUGCCAUUUCACUUGACUAUUAUAACUAUAAUUGUUAAGGUGUCGUCAGAGGUGUGGACCAUUCUGUAUCUAUGAUUUCAAGCCCUUUGCAAUGCUUCAGCUAUUCAAAGUACAUCAUGCCUGGUGGAAUACACAUUCUGGGGCAGAAUACUGUAAUUUUGUACAGUCCCCCCUUUGAUGCUUAUUGGCCUGAAAGCAUCAUAUUCCACCAUUUAGAUCAAAACACCCUCCUGCUUGGAUAGGUGACCAGUGGCGGUGAGAUCCUGCCUUAGGUUGCUCCCCUCUCUGGCCAGUCUUACCCGUCUUAAGACCAUCACCGCAUCACACUGGCAGCUGCUGUAUCCCAUUAGGCUAAUCUUAUCAUAGGGUCCCUAUUCAAUUUGGUACUAAAUGAACAACUCUUUCUUGGGUUCGGGGAGAGGAGCAUUCAAGAACAAUCGCAGCCAAUGGGGCAGUCCCAGAAUGACCAUCGAGAUGCGCUGUUGAGGUUUCUCAGUCCCACCCCUGCAAAUCUUGGGUCAUCUACAGCAUCAAGCGCUCCUCCUGUUGCUUCCACCUCCACAGCAACACCCAGCAUUGAUGCAGCACCAUCAAGCGCUCCUCCUGCUGCUUCCACCUCAACAGCACCACCCUGCAGUGAUGCAACACCAUCAAGCGCUCCUCCUGCUGCUUCCACCUCAACAGCACCACCCUGCAGUGAUGCAGCACCAUCAAGCGCUCCUCCUGCUGCUUCCACCUCAACAGCACCACUCUGCAGUGAUGCAGCACCAUCAAGCGCUCCUCCUGUUGCUUCCACCUCAACAGAGAGUUGAAGCCCAGUCUUUGGCUGAGGAGAUUGGAUCCUAUCGUUUCUGCAUUUGUACGGCAAUAUGGUACGAAAUUCUCAGCAAAAUCCAGUACAUCAGUAAACUGAUGCAGUCACCCUCAAUGCAGCUCGAUGUGGCUGUCGACUUGCUGAAGAAAACCAAAGAUUCCCUGACCAGUUACAGAAACACUGGAUUUUCUGAUGCACAGAAAACGGCAAAGAAGAUGUGUGACGAGAUGAAUGUGGAGGCUGAACUCAAACAAAAGCGAUUGAGAACCACAAAAAGGCACUUUGGCUAUGAGGCUCCAGAUGAGCCCAUACAAGAUGCACUGAAAAAAAUGAAAACCACAUUUUUUAAUGUGGCUGUGGAUACUGCCAUCUCUUCCCUUGAUGAGAGAUUUAAGAAUCUUGGAGAGGUGAAUAACAAGUUUGGUGUACUUCUCAAUUUCCCCAACUUGGAGGAAGAAGACCUGCUGCAGCAGUGCCAAACCCUAAGUGCUGCUCUGACCCAUGAAAGCCAGCCGGACAUUGAUGGCACAGAACUUGCAAAGGAAAUGCAGAAUUUUCCACCAUUGCCAUCAAAGAAUGUGACAAACAUGGAACUCUUGACCUUCCUGCAUGAGAAGAAGCUGGCAGAAAUUUACCCCAACAUGUGGGUUGCUCUGAGAAUCUUUGCCACUCUUCCUGUCACAGUGGCUACUACAGAAAGAAGCUUCUCAAAGCUUAAACUGAUAAAAACCUACUUGAGAACUACAAUGAUGCAGGAACGUCUAAGUGGACUUGCCAUCAUUAGUAUAAAUCAUGUGGUCUCAAGUAAGCUAUCAUACGAUGAUGUUAUAGAUGACUUUGCUGUAAGAAAGAGCAGGAGAGUUACGCUGUAGCAGCAGGUGAUAUGAGGUUGAGUAGGUGGUUGUGUAGUUUUGAUGCAGUACCAAAAAGC